AUGGAAGACUGUUUAUUAAAAACUAUCAGGCCAAUUCUAGUUUUAUUCAUUCGAGUUAAUAUAUACACGUUGCAUGACGUUGAAAUAUUGUUUGUUUGUGUCUUGGUUCACAUGCUUAAAGUCCGACUGGUUAUACUGAAUAACUGUCUCGAAAGACUUGUUAGAGAGAAUGAAAAAAAGCAUAAUGUAUUCGCUACGACAAUUCGCCAGGAUAAAAUGGAGACAAAACUGCAUGAACUGUCGCAGGUGUACGACGUUAUCGGAGAGACGAGCCGCUUGAUAAACAACCUUUACAACUUUCAAAUCUUCAUAGCGUUAAUAUGUACGUUCAUUUACGUACUGAGUUCCAUAUGGGAGCUCUUGUAUUCUUUUAAAAAAGAGAUGAUUAUUGUCGACUUGAUAUUGUCCAUUGGUUGGAGUGGUAUCAAGUUGUUUUACUUGCUGGCAUUGUCGCUUGUUUGCGACGGCUUGUUGGCGGUGCGGGACGACACGAAGGUGCUGGUGAAUGAGCUGGUGAUGGACUACGACCUGCCGCCAAAAGCGCGCGCGCAGGCCAAGUCGUUCACUCAGCUGAUCGACGCGCGCCCGCUGACCUUUCACGUUUACGAUGUGUUCACUGUAGAUAUCACAUUGAUGCUGAAGUUCAUAAGCGUUUCCACUACAUACCUAAUUAUCAUUAUACAAAUUUCAAAUUUUGUUUGA